AUGGACAUUGGGUUUUCAUCGUACCACAAUGGUGGUCCAGUGAGGGAGCAGGACUUCGAGAGACUGUCACAGACCGUUACCACUUCGAUACUGAAGAUUUCCCAAAAUGUUUCAUCGAUGCAGAAGAUGGUCAACCAGUUGGGAGGAGCUACCGACUCCCAAGAGCUCAGAAAUCAACUCCACCAGAUACAACACUACACCCAGCAACUCGCCAAAGACACAAACGUCCACCUGAAAGACCUGACAGCACUCGCCAGUAAUUCAUCGUCCACGAGUCCCGGUGAACAGACACGAAGAAAAAUGCGAAUGCAGACUGAGAGGCUCCACGACGAAUUCAUGACAGCACUCAACAGUUUUCAAGGUGUCCAGAGACUUGCAGCUGCGAAGGAGAAGGAAAUGGUGAAGAAGGUCAAGGCCAAUGUUGGGAUUCAAUUCGGGGAGAGGAAGCAAGAGACUCUGAUCGAGCUGCAGGACAGCAGAACGCAGAAGCAAUUGCAACAACAGACUUUACAGGAUGAACAGAAUCUGAGGAUGCUGGAAGAGCAGGAGGCCAGUAUACGUCAACUGGAGAGCGACAUCAGCGAUGUAAAUCAGAUAUUCAAGGACCUAGGAGCCCUAGUUCACGACCAAGGAGAAGUAAUCGACUCAAUCGAGGCCUCUGUCGAACGAACCGAGGUGUUUGUGAGCGAGGGAGCCCAACAGCUCAGAACAGCAGCGACUUAUCAGAACAAAUUACGAAAAAAGAAGUGCAUUCUGGUGAUAAUUGGUGCUAUUGCACUAUCAAUUCUCAUUGGAAUAAUAGUCUGGCAAACGUCCUAAGAUCAGUCGUCUUGAACGUUGACUAAAACUAACUAAUGUUUUUAUGGACCUGUCCGAUCGAUUUAUAUGGAAUAACAAUUAAUGAGCCCGAAGGAACAUGAUUUUUUUUCUCAUGUUCGAGGCAAAGGUUCAAGAUACUCUCCGUUCCAUUUGUAUAAUAAAUCAUGAAAAUGCAUUAUGCGAUAUUAUUCAAGUUGGAAUAUUAAUGCUACUGCUCGUAAGUGAUGAGACAACAAUGUAGCCCGUGAUGUAAUCGAGGAUCACUCAUGUAAUUGAGAUAUUAAUGCGUAAGUAACGAAUGGACGUUUGUUGACGAAAAUUAUUGGCAUUAGGUGAAUCAUUCCUCAAUGUAGAUUAAUUAUGCAUAUAAUUAUUCUUUCUUUUUCUUUGUAGAAUAAUUUGAAAAUAUAAGGUGUAAGCAAAAUGUAAUCUCAUGUGUAUUAUAUAUUUAAAAACGUUAUUUUAUGUUAAUCAAAGUCAGAAUAAAUUAUAUGAAUUAAAUAA